AUGCAUAAACUAACAAACUUUAGUGUCUAUGAUAAGCAAACCCAUUUAUGUGCUUUUGAUACUGGUCUAGUUGAAAAAAAUGUUCACUUGAUGUUUAGUGGUGUUAUUAAGCCCAUUUAUGAUGAAAAUUCCAGUCCAGAAGGUGGUGUUUCUGCAACUCAAAUGGGUCCAAUAAAUGAGUGGUGGACAGCUGGUUUUGAUGGAGGAGAGAAGGUCUUGGUAGGAAUUGGAUCUGCUUAUGCUGACUAUAUUUUGAUGGAACCUAGUGAAGCUUAUGCUGACAUUUGGAAUGCUCUUCAAGAGAAAGUCAAUAUGACCAAAGUUGUCAUUGAGUUCUUGUCCACAAAUUUUGAUGCUACAUAUGAAGAUCUGUUAAACAAAAUCCAUACCACUGUUCCUCCUAAAGGUAUUGCUAGUUUUUCAGAGGAUUCUCUUUUAAGACAUGCUCAGUUUGUUGUUGAUCAGGUUCAGAGUUAUGAUGAGGCAGCAGACUUUGAUGAGGAAUUGAUAAUGACAACACCAUGUAUGAGAGCCUUAAUCAAACUUGCUGGUGUCACUUUGGGAAGAAGAAAAGCUAUGGGGCGCCAAUUGAAACCUACCAAAGAAAAGGUAAAACCUACCCAAAGUAAAGCCACUACCACUGCUUUGGUGGAGAGUAUUUUUGACAGCAUGUUCAAUGGACAGAUUGAUGAUAAAACUGGUAAUGGUGGUGUUAAGAGAAGAAGAUGUGGAGUUUGUGCAGUUUGUCAACAACCAGAUUGUGGUACAUGCACUUCUUGCAUGGACAUGAUCAAAUUUGGUGGUUCAGGAAGAUCUAAGCAAGCUUGCAAGUUACGUAGAUGUCCUAACAUGGCACUCAAAGAAGCAGAAGAAGAUGCUGCCUUGGAAGAUGAUGCUGAUGAUGAUAAAGAAAAUGAAGUCAUCAAUGAAAAGGAAUCAGCUCACCAUGCUUUAAUCCAUCCACAUAAGGGAAAGAGAGUUGUUAAGGAGAUUAAAUGGGUUGGUGAGGAGAUUGCUAUAGAAGGUCGUAAAAAAUAUUUCAAAGCUGUUGAUAUUGAUGGUGUUGAAAUAGCUAUCGGUGAUCAUGUUGCUGUUAAACCAGAGGAUUCUUCCAUACCGUUCUAUAUAGCACAGGUCACAUCCAUGUGGGAGAGUAGUUCUAAAGAAAAACUCUUCCAUGCUGAUUGGUUUUGUCGCGGUUCUGAUACUGUUUUAGGUGAAGCUAGUGAUCCUUUAGAGUUAUUUUUGGUUGACGAUUGUGAAGACUCUAAUUUAGAAUAUGUUUUAGAUAAGGUCACAAUUAUAUAUAAAGAACCAGCAAAGGAUUGGAGAAUGCUUGGUGGAAUAAUGGAUCCAGAUUCUGAUAAUGUUAUAGAAAAAGAUGAUGGUAAAACAUUCUUUUAUCAAAAAUGGUACAAUCCUGAUUAUGUUCGCUUUGAAGAUCCACCAAAGAAACCAGAUGUACCACAAAAUCAAUCCCAUAAAUUCUGCAUCAGUUGUAAUCGUCUUGAAGAAUUAAGGAAGAAAGAGACUCCAGUUGUUGGUGAUGAAGUUGAUGGUUCUGAAGAGAGUUCUAAUAAGGUCUUCUAUGGCUAUGUUCAGAGAGAUGGUUUUCAAUACAAUGUUGGUGAUUGCUGCUACAUUGAUCCUGAAGCCUUUGACUUUAAUGUAAAGCCUUCCAAUAAGAAAAUCAACAUUAGUAAACGUAAGGUCGAUGAACUGCUUUAUCCAGAAGCUUACAGAAAGUCCAGUGAUUACAUCAAAGGCUCCAAUAAUGAAUGUCCUGAUCCUUUCCGUAUUGGUCAGAUUGUUGGAAUAUUCUGUAAGAAUUCUUCUAAGAGUAAGAUUGCCAAUGUUGCUGAGAUAAGGUUGAAAAUAAGAAAGUUUUAUAGGCCUGAAAAUACUCAUGGUAAAUGUAAGGUUGUCUUCAGUGAAAACUUGCUAAUGGAUACAACCGAAUAUUUCAAUAAAGUUGAAGAUGGUUUUUAUUUCACUGAAAUGUAUGAUUCAGAGAAGAGAGAGUUUGAGGAACCUCCUAGCUCUGCCAGAAUGAUGGGAGGCAAGGGUAAAGGCAAAGGAAAAGGUAAAGGCAAAGGGAAAGGAAAAGCUCGAGAAGAACCAACAGAGGAGUCUAAGGAAGUUAAAUUUGAGAAGCUACAGAUGUUAGAUGUGUUUGCUGGGUGUGGAGGUCUAUCUGAAGGUUUCCAUCAAGCUGGUAUUGCUGAAUCUAAAUGGGCCAUAGAGAUAGUUGAACCUGCUGCUCAAGCCUUCCGACUAAACAACCCAGGGUCAACUGUCUUCAGCCAGGAUUGUAACUUUUUGUUACGCCGUGCUAUGGAUGGGGAGAAGACAGAUGAACUUGGACAACACUUACCUCAGAAAGGACAAGUUGAUCUCUUAUGUGGUGGUCCACCAUGUCAAGGUUUCAGUGGAAUGAACCGAUUCAAUUCCAGGGAAUAUUCCAAAUUUAAGAACUCUUUGAUUGCUUCCUACCUCAGUUUCUGUGACUUCUAUAGACCUAGAUUCUUUUUAUUGGAAAAUGUCAGAAACUUUGUUUCAUUUAAACGUAGCAUGGUUCUGAAGUUGGCUUUGAGAUGUUUGAUCAGAAUGGGUUAUCAGUGUACAUUUGGUAUUCUGCAAGCUGGUUGCUAUGGAGUUUCACAAACCAGACGACGUGCCAUCAUAUUGGCUGCUGCUCCAGGAGAAAAGUUACCAUUCUACCCCGAACCACUGUAUACAUUUGCUCCACGUGCCAUGCAGUUGUCAGUGUGUAUUGAUGAAAAGAAGUAUACUUCUAAUAUAACCAGAACUACCAGUGCUCCUUAUAGAACUGUUACUGUCAGAGAUUGUAUGUCAGACCUACCAGAAAUUAGGAAUGGUGCCAAGGCGGAAGAAAUCUCAUAUAAAGAUGAUCCUCAGACACAUUAUCAGAAAAUGAUUCGAGGUAACCAACAUCAACCAAUAUUAAGAGAUCAUGUCUGUAAAGAUAUGAGUGCUCUUGUCCAUGCUAGAAUGCAGUACAUUCCAUUGGCACCAGGCUCAGAUUGGAGAGACCUGCCCAAUAUUGAGGCACGGCUGUCUGAUGGGACCAAGAGUAAUAAGUUGAAAUAUACUCAUCAUGAUAAGAAGAAUGGUAGAGGAGUAGAUGGUGAACUGAGAGGAGUUUGUUCCUGUUCUGAGGGUAAAUCUUGUGAUUCUGAGCAUCGUCAAUUCAAUACAUUGAUCCCUUGGUGUUUACCCCAUACUGGUAACAGACACAAUCAUUGGGCUGGUCUGUAUGGAAGAUUGGCAUGGGAUGGAUUCUUUAGUACCACUGUCACUAAUCCUGAACCUAUGGGCAAACAGGGACGAGUUCUUCAUCCAGAACAGCAUAGAGUUGUCAGUGUAAGAGAAUGUGCUAGAUCACAAGGCUUUCCUGAUACAUACAGAUACUUUGGUAACAUUCUAGACAAACAUCGACAAGUUGGAAAUGCUGUACCACCACCCAUGUCUAAAGAAAUUGGUAGAGAGAUCAAGAAAUGUCUCAUCAUGAAAGCCAAAGAAAAAGAUGCUGAAGAAAAAGAAUCCAAGAUGGAUGUGGAAGCAGAUGAGAAAAAAGAAGAAAUAAAAGAAGAGGUUAAGGCAGAGGGCUCAAGCAGUUAA